AUCAGCCAUGGAAACUGAUGUCGCACAUGGGAGCUUAUAGAGUUAUAGAAAAUACAUAACAAGAUACAGAAAGUGAAGUCAGAUCGGCGCCUGGAAUUUGCUGAGAGUGGCGUAUUGCUGAAGGCAGUCUCUAUGGAAACGGUAAACAAAGAGGCUGAAAGUGACACAUUGAAAGUGACACAUUGAAAGUCACACACGUACGUCCGGGGUCCGGCACAUGUCGCUGCAGAGACAUGGCAUCGAUUUGCCCUCUACCCCUUGUCGAUCGAUUUGCCCCCGACCCCUUAGGAAUACUGCCCAGCUGGAAACCACUCCAGCGAUAUCAGAACCGAGUGCUGCUCGGCAACUGGGCGGAGGAAAGGGAGAAGUUCAUCAAGGGGACUUGCUUUGGGACCACUACAUACCGAGCUGACUACAAGCCCUACCCGUAUGUCAUGCCAGAUGUCAGAGAGAAUGUUAUGAUACAGAAAAGGCAUCAGGGUAUACCUCUUUCAGUAUUCUUUACUCAUCACAACAUUCCACACUCCUGGUACUAUGUUACUCAUUACGAUGAACAUUUCAAUAGACGCCCAAACCCAUGUUUGCCUCCACUUCGUAAAUGGAAUAGGAGAAGGUUAAGCUGGGUCCCAGAAACUGCAGACUAUCCGCUAAUAGCUCCUCCGACCAAUUUUGGCCUCUUGGAGGACAAGUUAGCUAAAUUGAAGAGACAAGCACAGUACCAGUCUGGGAUAUAUGACACCAUCUACACUGUAUCCUAUGGACCCAAUUCACUUGUUCCACGGGAGCCCAUAAGUAGCCAACAAUAAUGCCACACUGCCUGUGUCAAAAAAUGACAAAAAAUUGCCCCAGUAUUCUUUAACCAGGCCUAACGUGAUGGCAAAAAGUGGCCUUCGCUGGCAUGGGGCAUGUUAUGAACACCACAGCAGGGACAUUGGAUCAUGACCAUGAGAUUGUGAAGGUAGUUCAUUAACACCUAUGAACAGGUAUUGAUAGAAUAAAACUUAAGAAAAAAGCUUUCAAUAAUAAACCGCUGCUUACCUGU